AUGGAAGGGGCAGAGCCAUGGGAGCCUAGUGUGGACGCUGAGGGCCCGAAGCAGGACUGGCACCAGCGGAUUUUUGUCAACCGUAGCCUGGCACUGGGGAAGAUCCGCUGCUUCGGCUUCGACAUGGACUACACUCUGGCUGCCUACAAGUCCCCGGCCUACGAGACGCUGGCCUUUGAGUUGCUGCUGGAGCACCUGGUGUGCAUCGGGUACCCGCACGAGAUCCUGCGCUACACCUAUGACCCCGGCUUCCCCACCAGGGGCCUGGUGUUCGAUGCGCUCUACGGGAACCUGCUGAAGGUGGACGCCUACGGGAAUGUGCUGCUGGGAGUCCACGGCCUCGCUUUCCUCUCCGACCCACCCCUCCUCAGGGCGGAGAUCUGGAGCUACUACCCCAGCAAGUUCAUCCAGAGGGCUGACCUGCAGCGGUUCCACACCCUCAACACGCUCUUCAACCUGCCAGAGACCUACCUCUACGCCUGCCUGGUGGACUUCUUUUCUGGCUGCUCCCGCUACACCAACUGUGACACCGGCUAUCAGCAUGGGAACCUCUUCAUGUCCUUCCGAAGCCUCUUGCAGGAUGUGACCGAUGCCAUGAACAGCGUGCACCAGUCGGGCUGUCUCAAGCAGAAGACCCUGGAGAACUUGGAGAAAUACGUGGAGAAGGACGCUCGAAUCCCCGUCCUGCUGGGCAAGAUGAAAGAGGUUGGCAAAGUGUUCCUGGCCACCAACAGCAGCUACAACUACACGGAUGCCAUCAUGACCUACCUGUUUGGCAGCUGCGUGCACCCGCUGUGCCCCCCACCGUGCUCCCCCACGCCCACCCCACAGGCCAGGCCCUGGAGGUCCUACUUCGACCUGAUUGUGGUGGACACACAGAAGCCCCGAUUCUUUGCAGAAGGGACAGUGCUCAGGCAGGUCAACACGGACUCAGGGAAGCUCCGCGUGGGCACCUACACCGGGCCCCACCAGCACUGUGCCGUCUACUCGGGAGGCUCAUCGGACGUGGUGUGCGAGCUGCUCGGGGUGCGGGGGAAGGACAUCCUCUACAUCGGAGACCACAUCUUUGGGGACAUUGUCAAGUCCAAGAAGCGACAAGGCUGGCGGACCUGCCUGGUGGUUCCCGAGCUGUCCCGGGAGCUGGGCAUCUGGGCCCGGGAGAAGGAGCGGGAGGAGGAGCUGAAGAGGCUGGACAUGCGCCUGGCAGACCUGUACCAGCACAUGGAUGGGAGCAGUGCUGGGCUGCAAGUCAUCAACUCCACCAAGAAGGAGAUUCGGAGGCUCACCCGGGAGCUGGACCUGUGCUACAGCACCACAGGCAGCCUGUUCCGCUGUGGUUUCCGCCAGACGCUCUUCUCCGGCCAGCUGAUGCGCUACGCCGACGUCUACACAGCCACCUGCCUCAACUUCCUGCACUACCCGCUCAGCUCGCUGUUUCGGGCCGCCCCGGAGCUGAUGCCGCAUGAGUUGGCUGUGGAGCAAGAACGGGCCAGUCUGGAUGCUACCUCCUGCCCUCUUUCGUACAGCCAGAGGUGGUAUUGUUGGCGUGGCAUGGAAGCUGAGAACGAAUCCACAGGUUUGGAAUGA